CCAAGUAGCAAGCUAGGCGCUAGACAGGGGCAACGCCAAAACAAGGGGCAUGGCGGCGCCAGGUGCGAUAACAAGGCCAGGCACAAGGCUCUCAGGCGAUGGAGGCAGGGCAAAUAUGUGACGUCGUGGAGGACUGGUAGGGCGACGCUGUGCCAGCUGAGCGGUGCCAGGGCGCCAGGCACUCUGUUGGCUAGGCGUUGGGAUGGUUGGCUAUGGACGUUGCUGGGUUGGCUGGCUAUAGGCGUUGCUAAAGUGCUACUUGAAGACAGCUGUGGUGGGCGACGCCUAGAGCUACUAGAAGCCCCUUGUUCUUGUUAUGUGGGCGACGUCAGCCCCACGAUUGCCCCCAUACCUCCUUUAAUGGAGUAA